UCCCUCUCCCGCGGCCGCGGGGGCUUCUCGGGGUCCGCGCACACACCGGAGCCGCCCGGACCCGAGCAGAACCCUUCCCGCGGCCCGGCCACGCGUGCUCCUGCCUGCGAGGUACCAUGAUGUGGGGUGCAGGCGGCCCCCUGGCCUGGCUCUCUGCAGGCCCAGGAAGCAUUAACCUGAGCAGCGUGGGUUCAGCAGAGGGGUCCACAGGCCCGGCAGCCCCGCUACCAACCCCAACGGCCUGGGAUGUAGUGCUGUGCAUCUCGGGCACCCUGGUGUCCUGCGAGAACGCGCUGGUAGUGGCGAUCAUCGUGGGCACUCCUGCCUUCCGUGCGCCCAUGUUCCUGCUGGUGGGCAGUCUGGCCGUGGCUGACCUGAUGGCGGGCCUAGGUCUGGUCCUGCACUUUGCUGCCAAUUUCUGCAUCGGCUCAGCAGAGAUGAACCUGGUGCUGGUCGGGGUGCUGGCGAUGGCCUUCACGGCCAGCAUUGGCAGCUUACUGGCCAUCACUAUCGACCGUUACCUUUCUCUGUACAACGCCCUCACCUACUACUCGGAGACCACGGUGACGCGGACCCACGUGAUGCUGGCCCUCGUGUGGGGCGGCGCCUUGGGCCUGGGGCUGCUGCCUGUGCUAGCCUGGAACUGCCUCGAUGCCCCCAUCACAUGUGGCGUGGUGUAUCCACUCUCCAAGAACCAUCUGGUGGUCCUGGCCGUGGCCUUCUUCAUGGUGUUUGGCAUCAUGCUGCAGCUCUAUGCCCAGAUCUGCCGCAUCGUCUGCCGCCAUGCCCAGCAGAUUGCCCUCCAGCGGCACCUGCUGCCUGCCUCCCACUAUGUGGCCACCCGCAAGGGCAUCGCCACACUGGCCGUGGUGCUGGGCGCCUUUGCCGCCUGCUGGCUUCCUUUCACCGUCUACUGCCUCCUGGGUGAUGCCCAGUCCCCACGCCUCUAUACCUAUCUCACCCUGCUUCCUGCCACCUAUAACUCCAUGAUCAACCCCAUCAUCUACGCCUUCCGCAACCAGGACGUGCAGAAGGUGCUAUGGGCCAUCUGCUGCUGCUGCUCCUCUUCCAAAAUCCACUUUCGAUCCCGUUCUCCCAGUGAUGUCUAGCGGCGUGACCCUUGGUGACCCUUAGCCCCGAUCACUACAGAAUGCCAGGAAGAUAGGUCCUUCGGAGCUUUGUUCCAAACCCCCAAGACCCAGCUGGUUCUGGAGUUCUAGGAAUGGGGUGUUUCACAGGAGGCUGUCUAGAUCCCUGUAGGGCCAGCUGGCUCCAAGGUUCUUGAAUGUUCAAGUGGUUAGGGUUCCGUUCAAAAAAAGUCCCACAGCCCAGCUGGCUUGCAGUUCCUGAAUGCUGCCUGGGCAUUUUACAGUGCCAUUCCAAGUCCCUGAUCUUGUCCCAUCCUUGACCUUGACCAUGUCACUUUACUUUUGAGUUUGAAAGCUACUGAAGAGUCAGAGAGGUUAGUCCUCAGUUGCGGGGCUAGGGCAAAGACAGACCUGUAUAUAUGUGCACAUACAGAUGAUUUAUUAUUUAUUUAUUUAUCUAUUUAUUUAUGGGUGGCAAAGGGAAUAAAGAGACCCACACCUUGAAAUUCAGGCCAUUCCAGGGUACCCUCCAGUCCCACACCCCCAUAUCUGACCUCAGUUCCUAGAGGGGGAAAUGGGAGAAAGAAAAAACUACAUAUUUUGUUAUUGUUUUUGCUUAUUUUUUAUCAAAGAGAUCAUAGAAACCAGAGCCUUCUCCCCAGGCCCGCCCCCAACGGGUUUGCAGGAGGAACACACCAGCCUCUGGUUUUUUAUUUUUUUAAGAAGCCAUUACCUGAGCAACCAAGAAUUCCUCUGCGCUGGGGGCCGGCUGCCCUCUGGUGGCCAUUUUGGGGAACUGCAGCCCGGCCAACCAGCCGGGAUCAGGAUGUGCAAACCCCAACCCCAUUCCUGCCUCACCUCCAGCACCACAGCCACGGCCUGGGAGCCAGGCUUCACCCUGCGGUGCCCUUGAGGAGCCAGGGCAUGAGCCAACACCUAACCCCUCUGCCAACUGGGGUAUGGUCCCCAGUGCAUUCCCUAUUCCUGUCCCUGGCCCAGCCCACAAUAAAAAAUGAUUUUGUGAUA